AUGAAAAUAUUAAGUUAAAUUGCAAAGAUCAAUCAAAAAUAAAAUUGAUCAUUUAUAAUGACCAAUAAAUAUUCUUAUAGAACAUCAUAAGAAUCAUUAAAUCUAAUCAUCUGCUGCUGAUAUUUAUUAAAUUGAAAUAAAUAAUUACAAUAAAUCUCAAAGACCAGAGUAUUAUCUUUAAAAAUCAAUCAGAAAUUAUAUCCCCAUUGAUUCAUUGAAUUAUGUGUGUUUCUUUUGGAAUGCCAUUCAAUAUUUUGAAGAAGCCUGUAAAUUUAUAAUUAUUUACAUAGAUUAUUUGAUUUAUUUAUAAAAUAAAAUGUACACCAACACUGCAUGGAUGCUCGAUGGGGCAUUUUGUUGGGUUUCGAUUGAUGAGGAAUAUUCAAGAGGACACAUCUAAAAGUUGCUCAAUUAAAGGAGUGUUGCUAGAGUAAUUUUGGCAGACAACAAAACUAUAGAUGUACCUGUUAAUUAGAUUUUAAGAGCAAGUAAUAGCAAAGCUAUAGAUCUAACUGAAUUGCCACAUAUAAGUGAACCAGAAGUCUUAUUUAAAAUAAAAAAUACAAUUUAUCUAGACAGGUAGAUCCUCUUGUAAAGUGUAAAUACUUCUUUAGCAGAUUUUGUGCAAUAUAAAAAAUAUAUCGAUGAGAGGUUGAUUGUGAGUUCCAUACCACCUCACAUAUUUUCAACGUUAUUUUAUGCGUAUCAAAAUUUAGAUAUAGGCAAAAAUUCACAGAUUAUUGUAACGGGAAACAAAGGAUAUGGCAAAACAUCAAUUAUUAAUGAUAUGAUGAAUUUUCUGAAUAAAGACACAAUCAUGUAUUACAACCUAAUAAAAUCAUUUAUAACAGACAACAAUGGCCAUACACAAGGAGUGAUUAAUUAUAGAUUCAUUUAUAAAUAAAGAAGACUGAUUGGACUUCUAUUUCAAUCGUAUUAUGUCAAUUUGGCUGAGUAUUAGAAUGCGUAAUUCUUCACGCAAAAAUGGGAAGAAUUACAAAAUGCAGAGCUUCUUAAAUUAAUCCAAAGUGAGAAAAUCGAGAAUGCAAAACAAUUUUAGAAUAUGUUUGAAAAGAUAAUCCUGAUAAUCAACGGUCUGAUUCAACUGAAUGACAACAUAUAAAUGAUCAGCAUAUUGGAGUAUCCAGGAAAGUCAGAUCAGUUGUCGGAGUACAUCUAAGAAAAGAUUGAAUAAAUAUACAUCUAGAGCGUGUUUAAGAAUUGUUAGAACUAAUUAAUCCAAGAUCAAUUGCAUGAAUUAUAUAAGCAGAUCUCAUUUGAAGACAAUUUAUCCGUAUUGGAGGAGCUAGAAAGUAAAGUGUAGAUACCCUCCAAUAUCAGUAAACUGAACAACAUAAUGACCAAGGAUACUCAGAUGCUAUUCAUAAGGGUCAUUCAAAAUAAACAGGAUUUAGUUCAAUUUAGAAUCUUUGACUCAAUUAAGUUCUUUAAGAAUAGUUAUCCCUAUCGAUUAACAUUUAAUGACUUUUAUUCAAGAUAUCAUCAUCUUGAUGUGUUCAAUAGAAAGAUUUCUCUUUAAAAGCACAUCAAUAGCAAUUAAGACAUGAAAGCCUUAGUCACUGAAAUAUGUAAGCGAUUGACAUAAUCAAAGGGGUUAUUAUUUGGACAGUCUUAAGUUUAUUUCAAAAAAGAAGCCAUUGAAAAUUUGAAUAAGUUGUUGUGUAAUCACAAUUUAAAACUAAGUGUUUUUGCUAAAAUUAUUUAACGAGCAUAUAGAAUUAGGUAAUUUAGGAAAGUAAUAUUGGCUUGUGUUAAGAAAAUUGCAAAGACCAAAUCAACUGAAUAAUAGGUCAUAUCUGAGAGUGAGCUGGCACAGAUAGAAAAUGAAAUUAGAAAAUAGAGCUAAUCUCAAGUAAGAGAAGAAAAAGAAGAGGAAAUUAUAAUUGAAGUUUCGGAUGAUGAAUCUUAUGUGCUACUAGAUAAACAUUAAUUAGAAGAAUAUAAAAAGUUAAAGAAGGAACAUAUCAAAAAGAAAUAACAUAGUUUAAUAAAUGGUUAAAUUUAUGAAGAAGUUUCAGAUGUAGCCUAUAGUCUAUUGACUCAAGAGUAAUAGAUAUAGAGGAAGGAUAUCAUAAAUAAAAAGAAGAUAGAGUAAUAAUUGAAGGAAUUGGAGGUUAUAUCGAACGAAGCAUCUGAUCCUGAAUCUUUUUAGUUAUUGACUUAGGAAUAGAAAUUUCAGUACUUGAUUAUGAAAAAGCAAAAUCAAACGUAAGUUGCAUAUAGAUUGUUGGAUCAAAAUCAAUAAUUGAAAAUUAAAUAAUAAAGAAGACUAAAUAAAAUAAAAGAUUUUAAAUAGAAGUACUAUGAUUAAUUGGAGCCAUUCUUAAGUGAUUUAGAGGCAUUCAAAUAAUUAACGAUUGGAUAAUAGAACGAAUACAAGAAGAAAAAAUUAUAAAAUUAAAAGAAUGUUGCUUUGUCAUUAUUAAGUGAAUAAUAGUAACAAAACAGGAGACAAUAUUUAGUUUAAUAAAGGCCAAGGCAAAUUUAGAAAAAAAGAUUCUUGGUGGAUGAUCCUUUAUCAGAUUAAGAGGCAUUUCUUUUGUUGGUGCCAAUAUAAAAAGAGAAAUAUAAAAAAGAGAAGGCAAAAUUUAAACCAUUACAGCUCUUGUAAAGUAAGGCCAGAUUUGGUGUUGAUGUGGAAGUAUCAGAUCCUGAAUCAUUUCAAUUGCUGGAUAAUAAUAAAGACACCUAUAUUAAGUACAAGGAAAAAUUAAGAUUGUGUAAGGAUAUAUCAGAUAUCGAGGCAUAUCUUUCCAUUGACGAUGUUAAUUAGUAUCUUUAAUUAAAAAAGGAUGGUCAGAGUGGGAUUGCCAAAUAAAUGGCUAAUCCUAAAAAAUACGAAGAAUUGUACCAAUUAAGAUUAUAAGCCUAAUAAAGACUGGAUGAAUUGGGAUUGGUUAGAUAUGAUUUAUUGGAUUCUAUUGCUUUUAAUCUUUUAAAUGAGAACCAAUGGAAUUAAAGAAGACAACGAUUAAAUGAUUAUUAUCAAAGGAAGAAAGUUAUGAAUGAUAUCGGCAACUUUUGUUAUGAUUUAGACUCUUUGGCUUAUAGGGCCUUGACCAUUGAGAAGAAGAAUGAGAGAAAGUAGAAGGAAAAGAUGUAGAUUCUUUUAAAAAACAUCAUAAACCCCAUCUUAUUUGAAAAUCAUUUGCAUCCUAAUUGUAGUGUGGCAUUUAGAUUAUUGCAGAAUAAGGAUGCUGUCUAUGGUAAGGUGUCUUUGGCAUAUAUGUUAUUGAAGGAUAAGACUGUUAGAGAUCAACAAUUGAAGGAACUUCAGGUUUAUGAUUGGGAGGACGUUAAUACUUUACAAUAGAAAUAGCAAUUGCUGCAAGAAAAGAUUAAUGUUUAUGAAUAGGAGAAGGAGAACUUGAAGAAGGAGGAGUUUUCGGAUUACGAGGCUUACAAAUUAUUAGAUGAGGAUCAAUUGUUAGACUAUCAAGCAAAUGCUUAUUCUUACCUUGAUGAUGAAUAGAAGCAAGUUCAUAGAAGAAUCAUUAAGGCUAAAUUAAUAUCGAACUAAAUUCAUUCAGAUUUGGAUUCAUUUGAAAUGCUUAGUGAUGACUCAAAAGAGAAGUAUAAAUAGAUGAAGAUGGGGGAUGUUUCUGAUUAUUGUGCUUUUGAGAUGUUGGAAGACAAGACAGAGUACUGGAAAUAAAAAUAAAGAAAGAGGGAAUUACUAGAAUAGAUAGAGGCUCAGGGGUUCAAAAUAUAUUUUGGGGCAACACCAUAAGUGAUGAUAAAGUGUGAAUAUGAGAAGUUUGUAAAAUAGAAGUUGGCCAUUCAACAGAGGAUUAAGGAUGAGGAGAUGAGCUUUUUGAAAUAACUCUAACAAGAAUAGAUAGAAUAGUAGAAGAAAUCAGAAAUUAAAAAGACCUUCAUAAUACAGAGACUGAUCCAGAAUCCAAAAUCAUAACCAUAUAUAAUAUAUGACAAUUGCUAAUUGAAUAAAAGAAUCUUGGACAUUAGAUCAGCUCCAGACAAGAAUUUGAGUUUCUUUUUGGAUAAGGAAUUUAUGGCUAGGAUGGAGAAGCACAAAUAUUAUGAUUAUUGUUAACAAGUGUUAAAUCACGAAGGGAAAUAAGUUCAAAAAAUUAUGAAAUGCUAAAGUGAAAAUCUAAAGCACCCAUUGACCAAGCUAUAAAAUGAAACUACUGCUCUGAAUGUGUUUCGGAGUAUUACCAAAUUUGCCCAUAUGAAGAGAUCUCGUCAAUCAGCAAAGUAGCAUCUAGAGAAAAUCUUAUGUGCAUUGAUUGGGAAUGACGCAUAGAUUGAAUUACCUCCAGCUCCAAAGAGUCUGCUGAAAGCUAAAACAAUUGAUAUUGAUGCUUUAAAAAAGUCAAUCCAAUUAGAGACUGCUGGGAGGAGAUUCAGCAACUAAGAAGAUUAUGAAUGCAAUCAAGAAAACAGAGAAGAGAUUCUGUUGUAGAUAUUUAAAUAAAUUGAAGGGAAUAAAAAAGAACAUUUGCAUCAUCUAUUGAGAUUAUGUAUUGUCAUUACUCAUUGUAUACCAUAUUAUCAUCCCAUUCCAUAUAUUUAGUAUUUAGUGGACAAAAUUGAGAAUCCAGAAAAUAAACUAUUUAAGGACCCUGAGAUUUACAAGUACUGUAAGUAAUUAAUUAAGAAUCUUGCUCUCAAUACUAAUGAACAGGUGUUCAAAAAUGAAAUAAAAAUACCAUUAUGUCCUAGGAAAUAUCUUCCAAAAGCAGAUGAAAUCUAAUUGAUGUUUGAAUGUAAACAAUCUAUAGUGAAAUUAUUUAUUCAUAGUGACACUCCUAUAUGGGUUGAAGUAGAUCAUCAUUACAGUGUGAAAUCGGUUAUUAGAAGUGCAUGUAAUUAUGUAGGUUAAUAAAACAAUUGGAAUCACUUUGGAUUAAUUGUAGUGCAUACCAAAUUCGACAACAUCUACAAUACCUCUUGGCUCGAUGAAUCUGCAAAUUUCUUUGACAUUCUCAAUAAACUUGAAUUUCAAGAAGAAAUUAACAACAAUGUGUAUAAGUUGAAUAAAAGAUUUGAAAUCUAUCUGACUAUCAAAGAGUUUUUUUAAUUCAAUAAAUAAGAUUAGGAUAUCCUUGACCUUGUCUUUUAUUAAAUGGUCUUUGAUGUAAAAAGAAACAAAAUUCAAUUAAAGGCUGAAGACUUGUAAAUUUUGUCAGAAUUGGAAAUGUAUAUCAGAUAUGGCGAUAACAUCAAUAAUUAGAAGUAUAAUUUAUAAGAUAAAAAUAUGGCAAAGUAUUGUAACCAUUAAUACAUAGGCUUGAGUAUUUAAAAAUAUUGCGAUUAGCUGAUAGCAAUUCAAUUCCAGAUAUAAUAAUUUGA